AUGAUUGUCAUCAAACAGACUAUGUCAAUGCUAAACAAAGUGCUUCCCAAUGCUGUAAACCCUUUACCAGGAUCCGAAACGACUACAAAAACAAGCCCCAGUGUAGUAACGCGUAGCAGAGCGGGUCUGUCAUCUAACCGCAGGGACCAUGGUUCAUCAGACCCUCCAAAAGGGGACGUCGCUGUCCACAAUAGUAAUAGUCUACAACGAGGUGGUAGUUUAGGGCACAAGAAAAGCACAUCCAAGUCGAAAAGUCGAUCUAAUCAAAACCUGCAUAACUCGCGUUCCCGGGACCCAUUACCAGUACCAGAACCAAUGACCGUGUCCGACUUUCAAGAUUUAAACGAAAAAACAAAUCAUGAAGACCUGCAAGAAUCAGCACAACAUCUACAAGGGAGUAGUAUCAGUCACGAUGAGUUAAAUUCGUUUGAAUGGCUCUUAAUUUGUAUCAUUAUUUUGUUGCUUUUUAUCAUUUACAUGACUACUUAA